CUCAUAAGCCACAUGUCGCGCAGUCAGCAUUUUACUCCAAUCACCACAAAAAUCGAAUAGCCAGUUCCUUUGUCUCACUUUUACUGCCAUGUUCACGAAGUACGCUUCGCGAUCCUUCUUGCUGAGGACAAGGAAAGUUUCUUCGAAGCCGGGCGCAGGGCCGGCCGCUGUAUCGAAGAGGGACGACUAUUAUAAAACGUUGGCCGAGGAUACGAACGAGUCCAAACCACCAGGUUGGGAUUCUGCGCUUCCAUAUGAAAAAAUUCCCGGCCCCAAGCCGCUGCCUAUUGUGGAAAAUUUGCGGAGGUUGCUGCCAGUUGUUGGAGAACUACCCAAGUCUCCCAUUUUAAAGAUGUUGAAUCAAUCCAGGGAACAAUAUGGGGAUGUGGUGGUUUGGAAAAAUAUUCUUGGGAAGCCAGACUCUGUAUAUAUUUAUAACAUCAAGGACAUUGAAAACCUUCUAAGGAAUUCAGGGCCCUAUCCAGUGAGAACAGUUUUAGAUAUUUUUGUGUAUUAUCGAACAGUUCUGAGAAAAGAGAUAUUUCAAGACGUCGGAGGAGUUUUAACGGUACAAGGCGAAGAUUGGUUCAAAAUCAGAUCAGUUGUCAAUCCUAUUCUCAUGCAGCCAAAAGCCAUCAUUCCGUACGUGACAAAGCUUGAUGGAGUAGCAGGGGAGCUAGUAGAGAAUAUGAGGCAUUUCUCGAGGCUCAACGAAAACCAUCAGAUGCCGGACGAUUUCGUGAACGAGUUGUACAAGUGGGCUCUGGAAUCGGUCGGUAUCAUGGCUCUCAAUAAACAUUUCGGUUGUCUGGAUUUGACGGCCCCGCAAGAUUCUGAUUCGAAGAAACUAGUCACUGCAAUUUUGAAUUUGUUUCUCCACUUUUAUCUCUUCGAAAUAGCGCCACCGCUUUGGAAAUUCAUCAGCACGCCGUUGUACAAGAAAUUCGUCGAAAAUUUGGAUUUUGUAAAUAGCGUUAUUAUAAAGAGCAUCGACGAGGCCUUGGCCGAACCCAUCGACGAGUCAGUGCCCGAACACGAGCUUAGUAUCCUUCACAAACUUGGGAAACGAGACAAAAAAGUGGCCUUCACCAUGGUGAUAGACAUGCUGAUUUCUGGAGUGGACACGACCGGCAAAAUCUUGGGGGCGAUACUCUACUUCCUAGCAAAGAAUCCGGAGAAGCAAGCCAAGCUGCGGGAGGAGAUUUUUAAAGUAGUUCCUGAGAAAGACUCCGAUAUUACAGCAGAGAGAUUGGAAAAGUUACCAUACUUGAAGGCCGUAAUAAAGGAGUCCAACAGGAUUGCCCCUGUUAUUAUUGGAUCUUUCAGGACUACGGUGAAAGAUCUUGUUCUAGGAGGUUACCAGAUUCCUAAAGGGUCGAUUUGCACGUCGAAUUCUUCGGAACACUUCAAGGACCCAGAAAAAUUUAUGCCAGAACGUUGGCUGCGAGAAACAGAUGACGAAUACUCCUUCAAAAAGGUGAAUCCAUUCGCGAGUCUUCCAUUCGGAUACGGACCUAGAAAGUGUAUCGGCAUGAGAUUUGCCAAUUUGGAGCUGGAGUUGGUUCUCAUUAAGAUUAUGAGGAAUUUCGAGCUGUCCUGGGAGCAUCCCGAUAUGGAGUUUGCUUCACAAUUAUUGUACGGAGUAAGCAAUCCAUUGAAACUUACUGUAAAAGAAGUGACUAGAUAAAAACUGUAUUAAGUAUGUACUUCUUUGAAUUCAAAUUUAAUAAAAGUGGGGUAAUUUU